AUGAUGGCUUCUGUGGUGAGGAGCCUGCAUUGUUUGGGGCGGUACGAUGUCGGUCUGCUCCGUAACGAUGACAGUACGGCCUUUACAGUCAUCCAAUCUCCCCCGUUCAAUGAGGCCGUCGUGGUAGACGAGGCUCAGCGUGUUGAAAUGCGCCACCACGCCAUACAGGCAGCCAAGCGUCGGAUAGAGGGCGCAGACAGUCGCUCUAGGUCGAGGUUUCUCGACGUUGCCCAGGCCGGAACGAAGCCGAACGAGCAACCAGAACGCAAACCUCCGUCGCGGCUUCGCAAGGAAACGGCGGCAUUCCCCAAGACUUCUUAUGAACAGAUACAAGAUUUGCUGCGGACAUUUCGUGCAAAUAGAGCGGGGAGGGGGCGCAGCGCAUCCGCCGGCCCGCAGGCUGCGUCGCCGGGGGCUGACGGGUACUUCCUGCGGCGUUACGGUGGGAAUUACCCCAAGGAGAACUACUACGCCCACUACCGUAUGUACGGCCUGAAGAAGUAG